AUGUCGAAGCGAUUCAUUAAAUGUAAGUUUCUUGACAUUUCCAACAGUAUCGCUAAACUUAAAUUGACAUUUAUCGACGUUGCCACGAACAAUAAUAAAUCUUCGAAGGCUGAAUUCCAAAAAUCUGGCAAGGUGAAUGGAACGGAAGACAUUGCUGCCAUCCGCCGCGUCGACGUCCCAGUGAAGGACCACACCGUCGAGGCGAUACUUGCUACACUGGCGAUAUUGAUUCUGGGCGUUGGUGCCUGUUACUGUAUCCAUCUGUAUCGCCGUGAGAACGAGCGUACGCAAAGACGCCAACUUGAACCAGAACACGCAAAGCAUGUGCAACUCAAAACGUAUACGAAGGUUCGGCAACGCCCGGUUGGCAUAGCGAAGCCCGAUCAAGUUCAAGGGCCCGCCGUCUACCCAAAUGACGGAGUAAUUUGGAAACACUUCGUAGAACAAUCUGAAACAUGGCAUAAAAUGUACGACGUCAAGAUACCGCCUUGGGUUAUUAUGGCGUUGUAUGCAGGUGCGCCGGUGCUCCUGGGGAUAAUUCUGAUCUGCUGCAUAGCAACCUCAAACUGCAACCCAAUCCGGAGGAGCAGCCCGGAACCCUGUCAUACCAGCCAGUUCCGCGCGGACCAGUACCGGCUGAUUGAGGAGAGUCAAUCGCGCAGCUCCACGCUUGAUCGGAGG